AACAAAAAAAUAAAAAAUACGGAGUAAUAAAAGCGCGCGCGGUACGCCCCUCGCCCUCUCCUCUUUCGGCGUGUGUUCUCCUCGCCUCUACUCCACGUAGUCUCGUCAUCAUCCAGCAGCAGCACUUCGAACAUCGGGAGGAGCCCGGGCCGGUUCGGUUGGACACAGCGGCGCGAGCCGAGAGCGCGCCGGUCGCCGGGCUUUGGAUUCUCGCUGGGUGGCUUCGGUGCGACGACGGCUCGUGGUCGUUCGCAACCCUCCGUGCGUGCCCCGAACUCGAGCGAGAGACUCAGGCUUAUCGUCGCGGUACCCCGUUGAAUCUCAGCGGUCGCUCAAGAGAGAAGCCCGAUUCGACGCGGCAUCACCCGUCAGGCUCGAACGCCGAACCCGUCGCGUCGGACAUGAAGGCGUGGAGGGAGAACUGGAAGGAGAGGAGAGAGAGGUUAGUUCAACGGUGGUCCUACUUCUUCAAAGUCCUUCUCCACUCCGUGUUGUCCCAGUCUCCAUCCGACGCCAGUUCGCAACCGACGCAAUGGAGCUCUCUUAAGCCGGCGAGACACGAGACGGCGACAGUUUCGCGCGCUUAGUGCCACGACCUCGUCGCCUCGACACACGCCCACGACGUGGGGGAGAAGGGCGGAGACACCGAAGGCGCGAAAACGUCAAGUGAAGCGUUCGUGCGGGAGAGGAGCAACAGGCGUCGACGAGGAAUACGUUGUUGUUUCUACGCACGUCGACUACGAUGUUGGCCACGACGCGUAACGCCGGACCCGAUUCCGGGAGGGGAGAACGUUUGUAACGGGACUGCGAGGAGGUGGCCACGCUCAUUGAGCGGACCGCUUUGAUAUGUGCUGUGCGGAGAAGCCCCUUCUUACCGCGGCGUCGUCUUGCACGGUGGCGCGCCUUCUUCCAACUUCGCCGCUGCCUACUUUUGAGAAGAGUCCCAGCGGUCGCAGCGAUGCUGUGAUCAGGUACUCGCAAGACGUGGUCACACUGCCUAGCUGAGCUUGGCACGGCGUAGCGACUUCCGGCCACCCAGACCCGCCCCGCGCAACAGCUCUGCAACCCUGUCUCCCUACAGCCGCCCGAGCACCGACAGGAUAGACUGCUGCUGCCCUCUCAUGCCCGCGGCGCGCGUGUCUCCGGCGGACGAACCCGCGGCGGCCUGGCCUGCCGCUGACCGCCGGGGACCCGCGGCCGCCGCCCACGGCCUCGGAGGAGCUCCUGCCUCGCCCGGCGACACGACGCUGCCAGACCCUUCCGGCCACCGACUCGCCUCCUCCAACAACGCGCACCGCACCUCCGACACGGGAAACAAGGCGCCGUGUCCCGUCACGCCCACCAAGGCGACGACCGCGACGCCAGACUGGAGCCCCGCCACGACGGUCACCUCCCUCGGUCUGUCGCCCUACCAGCGGCUACUGGAGGCGCUGACCAACGACAGUCGGUGGCAGAAGGACGUGGACCUAGGGAGGAGGGUGGGCUUCUACCGUUUCCGAGGGGAGCUCGGCACCGGCAACUUCUCCCAAGUCAAGGUGGCCGUCCACUGCCUCGUCAAAGAGAAAGUGGCCGUGAAGAUACUGGACAAGAGCAAGAUGGACGCCAAGACGCAGCGCAUGCUGGCGCGCGAGAUCGCCAGCAUGGAGUCCCUGCACCACCCGCACGUGAUCCGGCUGUACGAGGUCAUCGAGACGCUGAGCCGGGUGCACCUGGCGCUCGAGUUCGCGCCGGGGGGCGAGCUCUUCCAGAAGAUCACCAGCGACGGCCGAUACCCGGAGGACGAGGCGCGCAUCGUUUUCGCGCAGGUCGCCUCGGCCGUCAACCACAUGCACGAGCUCAACAUCGUGCACCGGGACAUCAAGGCGGAGAACGUGUUCAUCGCGGGCCACAACCUGGUCAAGGUGGGCGACUUCGGCUUCAGCACGCAGCUGCGCUCCCGCGAGGAGGCGCUGAGCACCUUCUGCGGCUCGCCGCCGUACGCGGCGCCCGAGCUGUUCCGGGACGAGAGCUACGCGGGGCCCUGCGUGGACGUGUGGGCCCUGGGCGUGCUGCUGUACUUCGUGGUGACCGCCUGCAUGCCCUUCCGGGCGCAGACGGUGGCCGCGCUCAAAAAGCUCAUCCUCGAGGGGCACUACGCGCUGCCCGAGUACCUGUCCGAGCACUGCAAGAAGCUCAUCGCCUCCAUACUGCAGGUGUGCCCGCAAGACCGGCCCACUGUAGCGGACAUCGGGCGCUCCGAGUGGCUCCGGGGCCAGCGACUGCCCGAGGGCUACGCCCGCUACAACAUGUACCCGACGCUCGACCCGGAGGCCACCGUCUCGGAGGAGGAGCUCGAGACGCGCGCCCACCUGCGCGAGCUGGGCAUCGGCGAGGAGCUGAUGCGGGACUGCGCCGACAAGGGCGCCCGGAGCGCCGUCACGGGCGCCUACCGCAUCGUGCUGCACAAGAUACAGACCGCGACGCCGACGGCCCUCGACAACGUGGACAGCGAGUCGGCCGGCACGGCGACGGGCACCCCGUCGCCCGGGACGCACAAGGCCGACCGCGUCUCCCUCGGCCCGGACAGGCUGUUCUCGGUCAAGAGCCGAAAGUCCCGAGCGUGUGUCGUGCUAUGAUGCGUCGCUAAAUUUCUGUGAGCCUCCGCCGCGAGAGCGACCGUCACGAUGCACCGGUCCGUCGUCGUGCCUGAAACGGCUUGCGCCAAAGCGACAACGCCGACCGGGUAUAAGACGUUCGUGCAGAUUCCGUUACAGGGAAUGAGAAAAGAGAGGCGUUAGCGUGCCAACUAGGGUCUUCGUCUGUAUGGACAUUCCAAACACCUGCAGCCGGAAUGCCCUGUGCCAUCGCUACCGUUUGGCGCCCUCACCGCUGAGCACGGCACGUAUGUUAUCAUCGUGCAUUACUCCACAAUCGUUUGACUUCAACAAAUGCUAUGUCUUCUAGACAGUGCCGCAUAAAUGUGUAUGAGGCCUGCGUAGACAUAUGCUUCGGGCCUUCGUCUACAAGAACGAUUGUAGUUCAUGGACGCACAGCGAUGACAAAUCCUCGAGGCGUGGGCAGUGCAGAAGUGACACUAAGGCAACAUGUAAGCAACGACUUCGUUCGACAAGCAGCUGAAAGACAUUCGCAGAGGACGUGCACAGUCAAGUGAGUCCGUUUUAUUCAGAGGGCUGGCUUUUUCUCCGGGGUCAAUGCCGAGUUCACGGCGUGUGAAGCGAUGCAACGACUUGUGCCCUAUCUAGGAGCCUAUUCAGCCAUACUGCGGGAAUGACUACAAAACCGACCCAUCCCUUCUCGCUGAAGCUUAUGCACACGACUGAGCUACAGGACAGAAGAAAUGGCCCCCACAGCAUCCAGGACACUUGUGUCAGAGAACGCAAGAGUAUAUUUGAGAGAAGCCCUGCGAAAGCUAUCCUUGAGAUAUAACUUCCUUGACAGCGAGGAAAUUAAGGCAUGUCACAGGCCAGAACAGGCAAAGCUCCUCUUAACUGGAGAUCCAAAAUUCUCAAUGCCUCAUUCCGGUGCAUCUAUGGCACAUUGUCUAUUUGAUAUUUUAUGUUGUGUAGAUAUUGGAUGUCACCGGCGUGACUCCGAUGUCCCCAUCAGUGUCACGGAAGCACAAGAGCUCAUCAGGGGUACUACAGCCUCGCUGCCUGCGAUCAGCAAGCCACAGCAAGCCACACCAAGCCUCGUUCAGUAACGAUAUGUUAGCCACGUGGCCCUUCUUAAGCUGUCACAGCGCCCUGGAUGAUCGGAUGCACGUAAUUAACAACGAUCAAAGCAGGGAAGGCGAAGCCUGGAGCUAAUGUUUCACAACGAUAACACUUGUACAUGAUCUAUCAGCACUACAACUGGCAAAGACGGAGAAUAAGAGACGAUCGCUUGUAUUUGUCAAGGCGAAUGUUGGCUCCAGGCUCAGGCUGACCCUGGGUACGGAUGCACGCAGUCAUUCCUGCUGAUGCGUCGGGCAACCAUGUCCGAUAGGUGGGUUUUAUACGAUGCUACGGACGCAGAGUCGGUGAUUUACUUGCGCCAUCGAUAAUUUUGCAGAUGGUCAAAAACAUAGUAAGUGCAUUCUUUUUACUUCGUUUUACAAGAUGAAGUGGCGACAAACAACAAAUUAAAGAAAUUUGUUUGCGGAUGUGUUCGACUCUGUAACUUUACCAAAUACGUCGAACGAAUCUUAGCGUGUUUUGCAGUUCGUCAUAAGUGGGUUUGACUGCCUUACUAGGGCAUAGUGCAGGCGACCGCGAGUUGUAGUCGCGCUUUCGUUCCGCCCAGGUGCCGCACACGGAGCGCUCGUCCCCCCACUACGGCACCGUUGGCUCGUGGCCUCCGAGACCCGCGCCUGUAAUCUAGGAGGCCAUGGUUGGGCACGAGUACUUUUACCACCGCCCGCACAUGGGAUGCCUCUUAAAAUAUGAAAGACACUUCCAAGACGUGCGAAAUAGUUCACGCAGUCAAAGCUCGCACAUGAUCGCACGACAUGCUAGUAUCACGAGGGCAAUCUGGCCCCGUGGUUUGCCUACCGUUCGGUGUUGUAACGGACUACAAAUAAGAGCCUCGGGGAACAAUGGCGCCGCGUCGACAAUCCCCGAGGCCGUGACAGGUGCAAAAUGCCGCGAUGUACCUGGCGUCACACGUGCGGUGAACCACGCCGGCCACGUAUUUUGCACUUUUAUGAAAAGCAUCAAAAGUUUACAGCUACUUUUGUCACUGCUGCUUUUUUUUCUUGACUGCGAGUGAGCCGAAGCCUUCCCCCUGCCCUUAUUCAACAGUGUCGGACGCUUUUCGGAGGUAUGAACAGCCGAGCCAUAGCCCACCAGCAUCUCUGUUAAUUGCUUUUGAUAACAUUCGAAAGAUAAACGUUAACUACACUGCACCUACUUGCGAACUUGUUAAAAAAGGUUGUGACUUCGAUAUGCUUAAAGGUGCACUAAUAAGAAAGCCAAAGCAUUUCUUUUUUCGAGUUUGCAAGAAGGUAAAGCUUAGAAUUAGCGGAUUCUUCACAUUUAAAGAAGUAUUGCAACAGUUUCUUUAUUUUUAUGCGGUAAGAAAACGCUCGCAACUUACUGGCAAUCUUGCCGAGAAAGUGCGAUCCAAAUGUUGCACUUUCGCGCAAAAUCGCACAAACGGUCACUCGCUCUCUCCUGUGGUUUUCGAGGCUCCCUCAUCCUACGUCCUGCCUAUGACGUCAUAAGCCUGCACGACAGCUCAUAGACGCCAUCCGUUUGAGUUAUUUCUCGAGCGAAAGCUCCCGUACCCAUGCGCACACCACGUUUAACACGUCCAGCCCGUCUCAUUUGUCAUUUUCCAGCAGCUUUGUCAAGUGCAAACCAUGAGUGCUACGUGGACAGAAAUAAAUAAAUAAGUUCACUGGCUGGCAUCAUACUCACUCCAGUGUGUGUUAGCGUCCUUGAAAAAAAAAAGGUUGUUGCAAUGCCUUUUGAAUAAAAGACGUAAAACUAAAUAUAGCAAUGGCGCAGCGGUGAUGUCAUAGACUUCGCAGCGUCUCUUGUGACUAAGGAAUUGUGUACUAAGUAAAAGAAUGUUGCAUUACAUUUUAUAACUAUAGUGGACUCUAGCUGUCGACUUUUAUUUAACUUCUUCACAAAAGAGGGCCAGAAUACAUAAACAUAGCCUAUACUGCGACAUCACAAUGACGUUAUAACCGCUAUGUUUUGGCAAGAAAUUCAAGAAGGGCAGUUCCAGCCUUCAUUUCUUCUCCAGCAAUGAAUCUUUUUCCGCCUAAGAAUAGCGAAGCAGCCUUUUGGAAGCGCACCCUGCAGGUAUAAAACUUAAUUCAUCUUUCGCAUGAUGUACAGGUUUCGCAAGACUAACCUGUACGUCAUGUUUGCAGUGCGAGCACCUUCAAACGCAAAUGACACAACAUGCAUAUACAAUCAUUAAAGACCGCGGAAGGCCGGCAAACGGGCAUAGGAUGCAUGACACCCCUGAAAUUCUGACCUGUUAUGGAAGUUUCAACCUCCAUCACACAGAAAAAAAUGUUUUAGACAAGUGUGCAUCCUCUGGUACGGGCUUUUCCGUGGUUCGUCUUUCAAAUACAUAUAUAUACUUACUUGUCAGACUGUGAUCUUCAGUGUUAUACAUGGCGCUCGACUAAACAAUAUUUGUAGCAACAAGUUGUCAUCCCCUUUCACUGUUGCAAGCGGCAUCAUGACACGAACAAUGUGGAGUGUUCUGUCUGUGGAUGUUAACCGUCACCCUAAUGUGAUUUGUGUUUCAGGCAGUUGUGUGUUGCAGCAAAUGUUUGAUGUUCCAGAAACAAAUCUUUAUUUGUCGUUCUGCUGGCAUGUGGUGUCCCCUGUGUUACGUGACACUCGCGAAAUGGAAAUAGUUGGAACGAUUUCGUUUGUGUCAUGCUGUUGUUUUACUGCAGAUAAUGUUACCACAUCUUUAUCGCAAACAUGUAUCUGUUUAAUCACAGAGGUGCAUGACAGAAAUGUCAUUUAUUAUUAGGUUUUUGUUCUCCCUCGGUUCAGGAUAGUAGUAAUUGUUGCCACAUCUGUAUCAUUAAAACACAAUUUCUAUCUGAUCAAACAGGAGCACAGUGGAAAAUUUAUUUCAUGUCAAGUUGUUGGUUCAUUGUAGAUAGCGUUGUCACAUCUGUACCAUAAACACUGUCCUUACCUGACCCCUGUCCUUUCCUGACCCUUGAAUUGAGGAUGUCCACAAAUUUUCAUAUAAGCAUGAGCUUCACAUAUUACAACUGACACAAAGUCGUUUUUCCCUAUUAAAUCUUUUGCACAGCACUCUGCAGUUUCUACGCAACACUUCGGCAAGACUUGCAGAAAUACUAUUAAACCAACAUUCACUUUGAAAUCUGCACAUAAUUAUACCUACAUCACAGACAUGCCAACAAUACAAAAAGUAUGUGCCAAACCUGCUAAUGUUGGUUACCCUUCCGCAUACCGAUUGUUUUCAGUCCAGGCAACCCUUUCUGUGCACAGCGAACAACGAAUUUUCGUAGAGACAGACUGCUACGACAAAGUUCUAUGUGCCAUUAUGCUUCCACAAUGAGCUGCUUUAAAUUUCUAUUCCAAUGUUUUUCGAUAUCUGCAACAAUAUUCGAAGAGGCCCUAGAGCACUGUUAUCUCCACUUUGCCUCUGUCACCGACUUUGCAACCGUUGACGGCUAUUUCUCCACCAAAAUCUGUUUUGUUGCAUAAACCAAAAGCCAACACAGGCCAGUUUCUGUGCACGUCGGUGGCAAAGUGCUUUCAUAAAUGCAAACAAAAUUGACCGAAAAAGCGCAGUACGUGAGUCUAUGCUAUGUCUAUGUCUGCCAUCACUCUAAGAACAGAUGACACCCAUUUGGGGCGUAUCUUGUCUCCAAACAAUAAUAGCAAUUGGGCUCGUGUAUCAUGCCCGGUGCUAUCAGGUGCACAUGUAUGUAUUAGUGUAACACAGCCUUCCUCACAGGAAAGUAGUGAGUCCAGAGUGUUAAAUUGAGGAAAUGCAUGCAAGACACAUGAUAAUCAUUGUUUCGGAGAAAGAUAAGCCUCAAUGGGUACAAAAUUUUUUUAGAGCGCAUCCAAUGUACUAGCAAAGAUGAGAAGGAACAGUGAAGCAUUAUAGAUAAUUUCGGUCUAGAUAGCUUGUUCCAGGGCCACUUCGGGUAUUAAAUCGCACAGAUUGCUUAUAUAUUGAAUACUGUUUGCUUGCUCAAAUUUUUUCAAUGUGUUCGACAUAGGCAGAACCUACUGUCAAUAAUGCUUUCGAGGAAUAAAAUGUAUGGACCCAAUGACA